UGUUGCUCCGCAUCCUCGUCUCGCGACCCAGAAAGCGCUACUAAUGCAAUCUGGAGUCCCCAGUGGAGUCUCCAUACGCCAUUGUCGGCAGGCUCUUUCUGCGCAUCUGCCAACGGCUUCGCCUGGCGGCUAAGCCUGUCUGAAGUGACUAUGGCCUGACCUGCAACCAUCCGAUCCCAGCGCCCUUCUGCUCGGAUACGCGCCCAAGUGCCUGACCAGGUUAUUUUGUGGAGAAGCAACCUGCAAGCCGGGGUCGGCAUGAUCUGGAGCACUUAAAGAGACAUUCGUACCCCGGAUUUGAGAUUAGCUAUCGCCUCCCGCGAUCAUCUUCACCCAAACACUACUAGUUUCUCUUUGGACUUCAUCUAUUAUGGGAGGUUUCGCAAGAGCACCGGAGGAUAGACCUACGCCGCCGGAAGUGUACAACUGGAGAGUGUACAUGGCAGCUCUGGUCAUCUCUAUGGGUGUUUUGGCCUAUGGCUACGAUUCUGCCUUCAUCGGUACAACCAUCACACACGAGAGCUUCAAGCGCGAUUUUGGCCUGAUCCACAUGUCAACAUCUGAAAAGAAUGAAGUCACAAGCAAUAUUACUUCAAUCUACUCCGCAGGAGGUCUCGUCGGUGCCCUGCUCAUGUACCCUUCACUCGAAUUGCUCGGUCGCCGUAUGACAGUCAUCAUCUCUGACACAAUCUUCAUCAUCGGCGCGAUCCUCUGCACUGUACCCACCCACCAGAUUGGCCUCGUAUAUGCCGGACGUUUCUUCACCGGAAUGGGCGUUGGUGGCAUUGCCGCUGUCUCUCCUAUCUACAUCGCCGAGAUUAGUCCUCCAGCUAUCCGCGGUCGAUUGACUGGUUUCUUCGAAUCAUUCUACCAGACCGGUGCCGUCAUUGGCUUCUGGAUCAACUACGGCAUCGUACACAACAUGGACCGAUCCAAGUCAAUUGCCUGGCGAGUACCCAUGGCUGUGCAGCUCAUCCCCGCUGGACUUCUCGCCUUCAUGAUCCCGUUGCUGAAGGAGUCGCCCACGUGGCUCUUGAAGCGUGGACGCAAAGCAGAGGCUCUGAAGGUCUACAGCUUCUUCCGUAACCUGCCCGAGGAUCACGAGUACAUUACUCAGGAUGUCGAGUUUGUUGAGCGCGAGAUCGCCAAGGAGAGAGCCGCUCUCGUUGGGGGCCAACAACAUGCCAGCUUCUGGACGGUCAUCAAGGCUGCAGCCCGGGAAGCCGUCCAACCUGGCAUGCGCAACCGCUUCCUACUUGUUUUCCUCAUGUUCAUGUGGCAAGCCUGGUCGGGCGCAGCCGCCAUUAACUAUUACAGUCCUACGAUCUUCACAUCUAUCGGUCUUUCGGACGUAACCCUCUGGACUGGUGUCUAUGGCAUCAUCAAGGCUGUGGGCUCGAUUAUCUUUUUCACCUGGUUCAUCGACAUGUUCGGUCGCAAGUGGCCUUGGAUCCUUUCAUCUCUCAUCUGCGCCUUCUGUCAGUACUACUUGGCCAUCUACAUCAGUCUCGGCAAGCCCAAGGUUGGCCAGCCUAUGUCCGACUCUACAAUCGCUGGUGGUAAAGGAGCCACGGCUAUGAUCAUGAUCUUCGGAGCUGCCUGGUCUUUUGGCGCCAAUGGGCUGCCCUGGAUCAUUUCAGCUGAGAUCUUCCCCACCACUCUGCGCUCCGUCUCGGGUCCCUUCGCGGCCGCAAGCGUGUGGAUCUGGACCUUAGUCGUCACCAAGGCACUGCCUCAGAUGUAUACCAGUAUGGGCUGGGGCGUGUACAUCUUCUUUGCAACAUGCUUGAUCUGCGCCAGUAUCUUUGCUUGGUUCUUCAUUCACGACACCAAGGGUCUGCGUAUCGACGAGAUGGACAAGGUUUUUGGGUUCGAGAGGACGACGGAGUACGACAUGCCUAUACCGAGCAGCAAGGCAGACGAUGAGAGCGAGCAUAAAGAGAAGGUUGCUGCUGUUCAUACCGACAACACUAGAGUCUGAGCGCUUACUAAGUAGAUGGAACCAUGUCAUAGUGAGA